UUUUUCAGCGAACUGCAAGCUUAAAGCUUUCAUCUUUUAAUUUAGAGAGAGAGAGAGAGAAAGGUUUCAAAACCCAAGUUUCUUUACAAGUUAACGUUGUUGGUUUUACAUUGUGAGACAUUUAUAUGUGUGUCUCUGUGAGUCAGCAUUUCAUUUGCUCUGUUUCAGAAACUUUGGAAGUACAAAGAUCUCUCCCCUCCCGCAGAUAUAGAGAUUUCCACCAAUAGAAGUCGACAUAUUGCACCGCAUAUUUGAUAGAUUGAUGAAGGUUGGGUUUCCAUCUGCAAUCAUGAGUCACCAUGGUGUCAUCUCUGUACCACAAAGUGAGACUACCAAAGGAGUCACAUCAUCAUACUGUACUUCUCCUUCCCCGAUACAUGAUUUUUUGGGUAGUGAAUCAGAAGGCAGGAGUUUCACGGCCAGUAAAUGUUCAUCUCCACGAGUGUCUCCUUUCAAACGGGCAGAAUCUCUUGGCUCUCCUACUAAUAUGCGAGGAUCUCCUGUUCAACAUUCCAAGAGCCCAUUUUCACGUUCUUCUGUUUUCUGUACCAGUUUGUAUCAGUCUUCUUCAUCGAGCUCUGAAACCUCUCGGCAGCUUGGGAAAUUUCCAUUUCUUCCACAUCCUCCAACAUACGGCCAGUCCAAUUCUGCUGUUGAUUCAAAAUCACCAUUGCUUUUUAGUGAGGAUACGAGCAAUCAAUAUGAUGACGAACAAUCCGAGGAUCUCAUGAAAGACUUUCUUAAUUUGCAUGGAGAUGCCUCUCAUGGAAGCUUCCAUGAUAUUAGUUGUGGAACUGACGCUCUAGCACUUACAGAACAAUUAGAGUUACAAUUUUUGUCAGAUCAACUUGACAUAGCUAUCACGGACAAUGGAGAAAAUCCCGGGCUUGAUGAAAUAUAUGAGAUUCCUCAAGCCUCACCAAACACAGCUAUAGGACUGACAAGUAGUAAGGGUUCUUGCGUGACAGCACCACUCGUUGAUGCUCUUUCAAGUCACCCCUCUCCUGGGCCAGCCUCUGCACAUAGGCCAAGAAUGCGAUGGACACCUGAGCUCCAUGAGCGUUUUAUAGAGGCUGUUAAGAGGCUUGAUGGGGCUGAAAAGGCCACUCCGAAAGGUGUAUUAAAGGCUAUGAAUGUUGAGGGCUUAACCAUUUAUCAUGUGAAAAGUCACUUACAGAAAUACCGGCUUGCCAGGUACAUGCCAGAGAAAAAGGAAGAUAAGAAGGCCUCUAACUCUGAAGAAAAGAAAGCUACUUCAACCAUUAACGAAAGUGAUGGACGUAGAAAAGGGAGCAUUCCCAUCACGGAGGCUCUGCGCCUGCAAAUGGAAGUUCAAAAGCAACUGCAUGAGCAGCUUGAGGUUCAGAGGGCCCUUCAGCUACGCAUAGAGGAUCGCAAAUACUUGCAGAAGAUCUUGGAGAAUCAACAGAAAGCCGGCAGUGCUUUACUUUCUCCGCAAGUUUUGUCAUCUCUCACAACAAAUUCCAUUCAAGUGUCCGAGCAACAGCCUUCUUCAUCAUCCUGUGUAUCACCCCCACAACUGGCUGAGUCUGACUCAUCAUCGCAUCUAUCACUGAAGCAUAAAGCUACUGACUGUAGUGACUCUGAGCUGUCGGCGGGCACCAAAAGGCCCCGUCUUGAAGAGAAACCAGAUGAGGGUGCAGUCGAAAAUCCUCAGUUAUAACUGCUUCAUCAACACCAUUCCUCUAGUCUCAAUUCCAUUGUUUGUAUCAUGUAUAGAACUUCUGAACUUUUUGUAGCUAAAAUUAGCAAUUGAAUUAAUAUUGCCUGAUUUGUCUCUUGACAGAAAGUAGUAAUAAGAGGAAGAGAAAAUCAACUUUUUAGUUCAA